AGGGCACCUGCGCCCGCAUCUCGCCUUUCCACCUCCAAACCACCGAGUCAAGCGCACCCUCUACUCCCACAUACAAACCAGAACCCUCAUGAUGUGCGGCAGCGACUUCUUCCUCGGCCUGCUGGCCCUGCUCUUCCCUCCCGUCGCCGUCUGGGUCAAGCGCGGCAUCUGCAGCGCCGACAGCAUCAUCAACCUCGCGCUGUGCUGCCUCGGCCUCCUCCCCGGCCUCCUCCACGCCUGGUACAUCAUCUACACGUACCCGGACACGAGCGACAGCGAGUACGAGCGCGUCGCGGCCAGCGACCCCGAGGCCAACGGCUCCGUCACCUACUACUACGUGCAGCGCGGCAACAACAACGCUGGCGGCCGCCAACAACAACCUUCGUCUGGAGCUCAGCAGCAGUAUCGCAGCCAUGGCCAGCCUACUUAUGGUGGUGUUGCCCCCAUGCCCGGCAGUGCUAGCCGCCACCAGUUCCCCGGCCAGCAGCAGAGCGGCGUGAAGAAUGCGUUUGCGGGCGCGGGUGCGCCGCCUGCGAAGGCGCCGCUUCCUCCUGCGAAUGCGGGUGGUGAGAGUGGCGAGGGCGCGAGUAAUGCGCUGCCGCCGCCGACGUAUGCGGAGGCUGUCAAGGGCGACCACAAGGUCCAGACUUGAGAGAAGAAGAAGAAGAGGUAGAGGUAGAGUGGGCGAGUGGACGAGCGAGCGAGUGAGUUGGUGAGUGGUGAAGGGCCAAAGUCAAAGUCUGCGUCACCAGCGACGACUGGGGGAGUAGCAUACGCGUAGGUCACGGUGGGAAUCACGUCAAGCCCGCAGCGGUUUGUCGGGUCAAGUCAGUGGGCUCAGGUUAUGUUAUCGACGAGGCAUUCUGCGUGGUUGGUGGUGGUUUACUCAUUCUUCAUGCUGCUCUCCUCUUCGAUGCAUGCGUUAAUUUCACUACUGGUGCUGCUGCUGGUGGUGGCGGUAAUGGUGGUAGCAUGCAACCCUGCCCGUUCAUCACUGCGUUGCGUUAGUUUGUCUGGAGGUUAUUACAGUGCGCUUAUUCGCGGUCCAGUCUUGCCUUCACAGCAAUAAUGCAGUUUCAUUUUUUCAUUUCGCCUC